UUGCCGUUAAAAAAAAAUAAAAAAAGGGAAAUCUAAAUCCCUAAAUCCCCAAAGGACACACACUCUUUUCUCUUCAGCUCAACUUCUGAAGUCCUAAGCUCAGUUUAAAAAUCAUCUCUUUGUGAUGUUAACUCUUUAAGGCGCAAGCUCUUCAAAGGAAUCUGUUAUCUUCAAACUCUCUAGCUAGCUCUUUGAGGUUAUUAGAAGAGAAUGGGUUGCUUACUAGGUUGCUUCGGUCGUCGGAAGAGUCAUCGUCGCCGUCAGAGACGUCGUGAAUCUUUCCAACCACGUUUAAAUAGAAUCUCUGAAGGGUCUGCAGAAGAUGUUGAUGUGAAUCUUAGGGUUCCUAUUGUUGAUGAAGUUCCAAAGAUUGUAAAGGAUGACCAUUUAAAUUUUAAGGUUGCUAGUGUUGUGGAAGAGUCUCCAAAGGAUGAUCAUGUGAGUGUUGUGGAAGUCUCUAAAGUCUCUGUGAUUCCAAUCACUGAUGAUAUCUUUGACAAGGUUGAGGAGAAGAAACACAGUCCGAGUCCGAGUCCGAGUCCGACUAGGAAGAAAGUGACUUUUGACACGAAUGUCAAAACAUAUGAACACAUUGUAGUAGAUGAAUCUGUUGAGUUCUCUGAAGAGAAGAAAGAAGAGGUGAAGACGUCGAGGCAGGCUCGAUGUUCAUCUGAGGGGAGUGAUGUAACCUCGAACUCGUCAGGGUCUUAUCCUUCAAACCACAGAUACCAGAAUUGUAGAGAAAGUGAUGAUGAAGAGGAGGAUGUAACGGAUUGUGACGAAAGUGAUCUAGAUGAUGAUGAUGAUGAUGAAGAUGGUGGGUUACUUGAUGAAGACUAUUAUGAUGAUGAUGAUAGUUAUGAUGAUAAGCUGCACAACUGGGAUAAACAAGUUUACACUGAGGAGAUUGCAGAUAACGUUAUGGACAUAGAGAAGAUAGGAGAAAAGACUAAUGCAAGUGCUAGAGACAGAAGCGGAUAUGUCAACGCAGUACUGAACCCGAUCGAGAAUCUCAACCAAUGGAAAGCUGUGAAAUCCAAAGGAAGAACAACACAUACACAUUCUCGAAAAGAGAACGCCGUUAAUGCUUCCUUCAGCUUGGAGCCUCAACAGGUUGAUGAAUUGUCAUCAUCAUUCAGCUUGAACAGGAGAUCAAGAGAUGAAACUAAGAAACAGAGAACUCAAGAAGUAGCUGUUGAUGCUAGUCUCUCAACUUGGCUAUCCACAUCUCCGACCACGAACAGCGGAUGCAGCAGUGUUGAAACCGCAAUGUCAGAGAAGAAGAAAUACUCGAAACCGGUUCAAAGCCACGACGAAAGACCUAUAUUGGGAGCAUUGACUGCAGCGGAGAUUAAGCAGUUCUCAGCCACGAACUCGCCGAGGAAAUCGCCAAGUAGAAGCCCUGAAUCACCGAUCAUCGGAACAGUUGGUGGUUACUGGAACAAUCACUCAAUGGUCACCAGCAAGAACAGUCGAAGCUCUUAAAACUCGAAUUCCACAUGUUUUGGUUUACACUGAUUCUGUGAGUAAAAAUUUCAUUUAUUCAUUACUAAGUUGCCUUUGUGAAAUUAUUUCAUCACUUUGUUUGUUUGUUUGUGUGUGUGUGUGUGUGUCUUUGGUUGAUGAUUACCAAAUCGUUAUGUGUGUUGUGUAAUGUGAUUUGAUUUAUUAUUAUUCAUUCUAUUUGUUUGUAUUUUUGUCUAUUAUUUAACAUGUGAUUCAAAGUA